GCCGCCGCCGCCGCCGCUCCCGCCGCCCCGGCCCGGCCAUGCUGGACUUCGCCAUCUUUGCCGUCACUUUCCUGCUCAUCCUGGUGGGAGCCGUGCUCUACCUCUACCCGGGAUCUUUCAUCUAACCAGAUGAAUAAUCCGCGUUUCGCCAGUGGGACCAGGCACACGCUUAACAGUUGAUCAGCUUCAUAAGCCUUAGCAGGUUUGAGGCCUGAAGAUGUGGCUUAUCCAGCUUUUUUUAAGUGUUUGCGUCUAGGCAAGCAUCAGGUAUCCCUGGGCUGGCUCCAACUGAUGAAAAGGAUGGCAACCUGCCAGAUAUAAUUUCCAGCAGCAGUUUGCAUGAGUUCCUGGUGAACCUUCAUGAGAAAUAUGGCCCACUGGUCUCUUUCUGGUUUGGAAGGCGUCUUGUUGUCAGCCUCGGCUCCAUUGAUCUCUUGAAACAACAUAUUAACCCCAACCGGUCGUUGGAUCCCUUUGAGACAAUGCUGAAGUCUCUCUUGAGGUACCAGUCCAGCCUGAAUGGGGAUACAGGAGAGAGCCACAUGAGGAGAAAGCUGUAUGAAAAUGGUGUGACCAAGUCCUUGCAAAGUAACUUUGCUCUCAUCCAGAAGCUGUCAGAAGAGUUGCUAGCCAAAUGGCUCUCGCUCCCUGAGGCACAACACGUACCACUCUGCCAGCACAUGCUGGGCUUUGCCAUGAAGUCUGUCACGCAGACAGCUAUGGGCAGCAGCUUUGAAGAUGACCGGGAAGUCAUCCGAUUCCGCAGGCACCAUGAUGCAAUCUGGUCGGAGAUUGGGAAAGGUUUUUUGGAUGGGUCCCUUGACAAAAACAUGACUAGGAAGAAGCUCUAUGAAGAUGCUCUGAUGGAGAUGGAAUCUACCUUAAGGAAAGUUACAAAGGAGCGUCGAGGCAGAUCAUUCAACAGGCACAUCUUUAUAGACACCUUGCUGCAGGGGAGCCUGAGUGACCAGCAGAUUCUGGAAGAUACAAUGAUUUUCUCCUUGGCAGGAUGCAUAAUCACUGCUAACUUGUGUACCUGGGCAGUCUAUUUCCUGACAAGCUCAGAAGAUGUUCAGCAGAAUCUCUACAAGGAGAUGGACCGUGUUCUGGGGAAGGGACCAAUUACACAUGAGAAAAUCGAGCAGCUCAGAUACUGUCGGCAAGUCCUGUGUGAGACCGUGCGAACAGCAAAGCUUACUCCCAUUGCUGCACAGCUGCAGGAGCUGGAGGGCAGAGUCGACCAACAUACUAUCCCCAAAGAGACACUUGUGCUUUAUGCUCUUGGUGUGAUGCUGCAGGAUAGUUCAUCUUGGCCAUCACCAUACAAGUUUGAUCCAGAGAGAUUCAGUGAGGAAUUGGCCACGAAAAACCUCUCCUUGUUGGGUUUUUCAGGAAGCCAGGAGUGCCCGGAGUUGAGGUUUGCCUAUAUGGUGGCUACAGUUCUGCUGAGUGUCCUGGUAAGGAAACUGUAUCUCCACCCAGUGAAAGGACAAGUCAUGGAGACCAAAUAUGAGCUGGUAACCUCACCAAAGGAGGAAGCCUGGAUAACGGUGUCUAAGAGAAGCUAAGAGAAAGCAAAACAAGGGGCUAAAAGUACCAGCAGUGAAGUUCUGAGUAAGGGUCUUAGGGGGAAUCAUGCUGGCACCACACUGACUCAGCCAAGGAAUUUUACAUCCAAAUUUUGUUACCUUCCAUGUUCUUAACCACAUACCUCUCUUGGAUACUUUUUCAAACUCAACCAGUAGUCAUAUUAAAGUAGAUUUAAUCUGUA